CCUAUAUUCACUCGAUUCAACACGCUCUUUGACACAAUGAUGUUCCAGGUCCAUACAACCAGAAAAGUACAUUUAUUUGUAUCCAUGCUGGUGGUUUGUUCCUCAGUGUCUGAUGGACAAAUUACAACUGGACCCCCUGGACCCCCUGGACCCCCUGGACCUCGUGGACCCCCUGGAACCAGUGGAUUCCCUGGAGCCAGAGGAUCUGUUGGAGCCAGUGGAGCCAGUGGACCCCAAGGAACCCGUGGAGAGAGUGGACCCCCUGGAAAAGAUGGACCCCGUGGAGCCAGUGGACCCCCUGGCACUAGUGGAUCACCUGGCCAGGAGGGACCUACUGGUCCCCCAGGAAUCUGCACCUAUUCUGAAGGAUGUGAGACAAGCACUUUUGAUCAAAAUGGACUGACAUUGAUUGCUAUAGUAGGAUGUGUUCUUGCUGUCCUGGAUGCUGCUGCCUUGAUUGCUGUUGUUAUUUUCCAGAUCAAGAAGAGAAACACAGCAGUGAGAGACUCCGGAGUGCAUUCCCAGAGGCCUGAUAUGGACCCUCCUGAUGAUACAUACACAGCUCUGAAUCUCAGAACAAGAUCACCUGAUUAUGACACUCUUGAUCAUUCCAGGAACCCACCAAGAGCACGUGGCCGAAGCCAUCAGUGAAUACUGAAGCCUCUGCAAACUCCAGCUGAUGUUGAACUUGCAUAACUCCAUACACCUUAGGAUAGCAACCAACAGGGGACAGUGUUUUACAAAC